CCCCAACACCGACCGAGAUUUAUUUGGUUAAAGCAUCAGAGGGCAAUGGUCCUCAGUGGAGGGAUGGUCCUGGGACUCCACACCUUGAUGACCCUCCUGAGCCCCCAGGAAGCUGGGGCCAUCAAGGCUGACCACAUGGCGUCCUACGGACCAGCCUUCUACCAGUCCUAUGAUGCCUCGGGGCAGUUCACCCACGAGUUUGAUGGGGAACAGCUGUUCUCUGUGGAGCUGAAGAAGAGGGAGGCUGUGUGGCGUCUGCCCGAGUUUGGCGACUUCACCCACUUUGACCCUCAGGGUGGGCUGGCCAGCAUUGCAGUGAUCAGAGCUCAUCUGGACGUCCUGGUGGAACGCUCCAAUCGCACCAGAGCCGUCAACAUGCCUCCAAGGGUGACCGUACUCCCCAAGUCUCGAGUGGAGCUGGGCCAGCCCAAUGUCCUCAUCUGCAUCGUGGACAACAUCUUCCCCCCUGUGAUCAAUAUCACCUGGCUGCGCAAUGGUCAAACAGUCACCGAGGGGGCGUCCCAAACCAGCUUCUAUUCCCAGCCUGACCAUUUGUUCCGCAAGUUCCACUACCUGACCUUCGUGCCCUCAGCAGACGACUUCUACGACUGCCGGGUGGAACACUGGGGACUGGACGAGCCGCUCCUCAAGCACUGGGAGCCCCAGGUGCCUACUCAGCUGCCAGAUACUACAGAGACCCUGGUCUGUGCCGUGGGCCUGGCCACCGGCGUGGUGGGCUUCCUCGUGGGCACCGUCCUCAUCAUCACAGGCACAUGCUUGUUCAGUGCCCCUAGGCAAUGACCUUUCUGCGAGAAAUGGAUUGUGGGAGACGUCCUGCAGAUUCCUUGGAAGUUUCUGGCAGCUCUUGCAUGCUCAGUGCCACAGUCUACGAAUUAUGUCCCCGCUGUGCUGACUUUGAAUGGGAUCAACCUCUGUCCUAUAGCUCUCCUGCUUUUUGAUCCCCAUACUCAUGGCAGGACUUGUGGGGCACCACUAGCCACUCUUCCCACCCUCCACACACACACACACACACACA